UUUAGGGGUCCUUGACGUGGCAUCAAUAAACAAAAAUGGCGACGGUUGGUUGGAGCUUCAUAGAGUUUAUCAUAUUUAGUAGUUUAGAAUGAUUAUCUUAAGUCAAUAGGACCAUACAUUUUAUAUAUGCAUAAUUACUGCUGUUUUUUUGACGCCGUGUGGUUGUGAGGCUCGAAAAAUGAGCGGCUGGGCCGGUUUUUCUGAGGAGGAACUUCGGAAGAUGCAGCAGCAAGGCUCAGCAAUGCCCGCAGCAGCAGCAGCCCGCGGGCGGAAACCGGUUCCAGCCAACCGGAGUCGGCAGCAGUUACAGCGGGAGAGGGCCCUUCAGGUGGCCGCUCAAAGAAACGCCGGCGCCGCCUCUCUUUGCCUCCCACCGGAGCAGCAGCUCGCCAAACCCCCGCCGCCGCCGCCGCCAGCGAAGGACGAUUCCGAGCCUCAGCCCACCGCCCCUCCAGCAGCGGCUGACCGACACACACCCACCGACGUAAGGCCUGCUCCGGCGGAGGAGAGCGCGGGCGUCAAAGAGCUGGAGAUACCAGAGGUGGCACUACGGGAAAAGACGCGCCUGGAGCAACUUCAGCAGGAGCAAAAGACAAUGGAAGAGAGGAAUAAACGCAAAAAGGCUCUGCUCACCAAGACGAUCGCAGAGAAGUCCAAACAGACUCAGGCGGAGGCCGUGAAGCUGAAGAGGAUCCAGAAGGAGCUCCAGGCCCUCGAUGACAUGGUGUCCAAUGAUAUCGGCAUCCUGAGAGUGAAGAUCGAACAAGCCAGCUGGGACUACUCUGCUGCCAGAAAGCGAUAUGAGAAGGCAGAGGUGGAGUACGUGACGGCCAAGCUGGACCUGCACAAGAAGACGGAGGUGAAGGAGCAGCUGACGGAGCACCUCUGCGCCAUAAUCCAGCAGAACGAGCUACGCAAAGCCCAUAAGCUGGAGGAGCUGAUGCAGCAGCUGCACCUUCAGGCCACUGAGGAGGAGAUGGAGAUGAAGAGGCAGAAGCAGCAGCAGGAAGAAGAGGAGGAGAAGAAGAAGAUGAUAGAAAGAUGCAUGGAGACGCAAAGGACCGGUUCAGCAGAGGACCAGGUGGGAAUGGUGCAAUCAACCAAAGACUGUCCGCCCGCUGCGGAGGAGACCGCGGCGGAGCAGAAAGGUGGGGACGUCCAGCAGGAGCUCCACCCGACGACUGAACCGGCAAAGACGGAGCACGACUGUCAAACACUAGAGCGCUCCGUUCAGAGUGGUGCUGCAGCCUCCUGAUGCUCAGCAAACGCGAUUGGAAGCCACCGCACUGCGGGAGGCAAGUAAUGCAGCGCAGCUCUCAGCCCGAGGAAGUGAUGCUCGGCGCUGGGACGCCCCGAGCUGACGGACCAGCAGCCGUUCUCUUUUGGUUUCCCGCCAAACUGAGCCGGAUCAAACGUGUCCCCGAGUAGUGACGGGUUUGCUUCCUCUCAGUUGAUUGUUAAAUCUCAUGGGGUUCUGGAAGAUUGUGGAUUUAGUUUUUGAAAAGGUUUGCAUGAGCUGUGACCUUCUUAAGACUCUUCCUGCUUUUAACUGACGCGUGUAGUUAACAAAGUGCUCGUUGGGCCACUUAUCGAGUUUUGUUGUGUUCGUCCCCACGAGCUCCAGCAGGGAAGUAGCUUCCACAGAUUUUAAAGUUUAGGGGUAAAAGAGAGUCUGCGUUAGAUUGGGGAUCAUGGGAGAUUCGUACUUUACAAACUGUACACGGUAUUGGGUCUUGUGCAUUAUUGGAAUAAAAAAAUAUUUCUUAUUUAAAUAUCUCAA